AUGAAGUUCAAUAAAAUUUUAUCAAUGGCUUUAUAUUUGUUGGUCUUGCACACAGUUUCUGUAGAACCACAUUUUCCAUGGAAAUUUCCUGUAAAUCCAGGUCAACAGAAUGCAAGACAACCUAGUGUUUGCACAGAAUGCUUAAAAAAAUUGUCAAAUUUAGCAAAAAUCUUCAACAUUCCCGGGUUUUCCCAGUUUGGAAAUAUUAGAACAACCACAACACAACAGCCGUCUUACUUUUCUACUACAAUUAGAACAUUGAUCACAGACAAUCCACAAACUUUUAGACCACCUUUCACAAGAAGACCAACUGCUAUUGUACAACCAGGAGUGGAUAGAGAAGAAAUUAAUAGAUUUACAUCAACAGAAGACAGAAUUCGAGCUAUAUUAAGAACUUCUAGUGAGGCUCCGGUUGCUCAGCAGUCACUUUAUGACUAUCCAGCUAAAUAA